AUGACGGCGGUGCUGCUGAGCCUGGCGCUGGCUCUGCUCUGCCUGCUGCAGGCAGGGGCCGAGGUCCCUGUGCAGCCGGGCUUCAACAUCGAAAAGUUUGCAGGGAUGUGGCAUGUCGCAGCUGCCGUUUCCAACUGCUCUGUGUUCCUGAAGAUGAAGGACAGGAUGAAGUCGUCCAUCGCCACCAUCAGCUUCACGCCGGAGGGGGACCUGGCUAUGAAGCUUGUCUGGCCCCUGCUGGACAGAUGCCAAAAGUUUGAGCUGCUCUUCCAGCGAAGCGGGCAGGCAGGGCACUACAUGGCAGCACUAGAGAAGAGAGACCUGCGUGUGAUGGAGACGGACUACAGCUGCUACGCCAUCGUGCACGAGCUCCAGCAGAGUAGGCAGGAGCCCAGCACCGCACUGCAGCUCCUCACGAGGGAGCAGAACAUGAGCCCCCAGCUCCUGCAGAAGUUCAAAGAGCUCAUCCCCACCGUGGGCCUGACCAAGGACAUGCUGGCCAUCCUGCCCAAGUCAGGUGAGUGCCAGGAGGGCACGGGGUGA